CACUCUAUCUCAAUGUCUGUCAAAGGGAUAGUCGAGACGAGCCGUAAAGGUCGACCACGCAUCGAUUCGAGACUCAGUGGUAUCGGGGAGGUGAUGAGGGAAAUGGGUGAUUUGUACGGAACUUGCAUGACAAAAAUGAUCCCUGUGAGACAUGAAUAUGAGGGCCCAUUCUACAAGUUUGGUCGUGGGCUCGAGACGCUGGAUGAUGCUUCCUUCGCCGCUGGAGACACUGCCAACAUGUUGUUUUGGUUGCUAGACAGUACUGGGUUCUGGACUGAUACCA